AUGGAGAAGCUGUACCUGGCGGGGAGCAGCCUUUGGACCACCAACGGCUCUCUGGGGAACGGCAGCCUCCGCCUGGAGAACCAGAGCUGGGGCAGGAACAGCACCGCCGACCCUCUGAAGAGGAACGAGGACAUGGCCAAGGUGGAGGUCACCGUCCUCUGUCUCAUCCUCUUCCUCGCCCUGAGCGGCAACCUGUGCGUGCUGCUGGCCAUCCACACCACCCGCCAGAAGCACUCCCGCAUGUACUUCUUCAUGAAGCACCUCAGCAUCGCUGACCUGGUGGUGGCCAUCUUCCAGGUGCUGCCCCAGCUCAUCUGGGACAUCACCUUCAGGUUCUACGGCCCGGACUUCCUCUGCCGGCUGAUCAAGUACCUGCAGGUGGUGGGGAUGUUCGCCUCCACCUACAUGCUCCUGCUCAUGUCCCUGGACCGCUGCUUGGCCAUUUGCCAGCCGCUGAGGUCCCUGCACAGGAGGGCCGACAGGGUCUCCGUGCUCCUCACCUGGCUGCUGUGCCUGCUGGUCAGCAUCCCGCAGAUCCACAUCUUCUCCCUGCGGGACGUGGGGAAUGGGGUCUACGACUGCUGGGCGGACUUCAUCCAGCCCUGGGGACCCAAAGCCUAUGUCACCUGGAUCACCCUCAUGGUCUACAUCAUCCCCGUGCUGAUGCUCAGCGUCUGCUACGGCCUCAUCAGCUUCAAGAUCUGGCAGAACGUGAGGCUGAAGACAGCCGCGGGGCCCAGCGCGGCUCUGAGCUGCGGCGCCCGCGGGGGGCAGGCUCUGGCCAGGGUCAGCAGCACCAGGCUCAUCUCCCAGGCCAAGAUCCGGACGGUCAAAAUGACCUUCAUCAUUGUGCUGGCCUUCAUCGUCUGCUGGACCCCCUUUUUCUUCGUGCAGAUGUGGUCUGUGUGGGACAGCAAUGCUCCGCAGGAAGCCUCCCCGUUCAUCAUCGCCAUGCUGCUGGCCAGCCUGAACAGCUGCUGCAACCCCUGGAUCUACAUGCUCUACACCGGGCACCUCUUCCACGACCUGUCGCGGCGCCUGCUCUGCUGCUCCGCGCAGUGCCUCAAGUCGCGCCCUGCCUGCCAGCUCGGCGUGGGCAGGAAGAGCAACUCCUCCUCCUUCGUGCUCAGCUGCAAGAGCACCAGCCAGAGGAGUUUCGUGCAGCCCCCCACCACCUGAGGACGCGUCCCCCCGGGACCGGCGCUGCGCCGCUGCCUCCAGCGCCUCCCUGCCUGCAGCUGGGACCCGGCCCGGCAGGGGCAGUGCGGAGAGCUGCCAAUGUGCCUGCGAGCGGCUGAGGGCUCCGCAGCCAGCUCGGCCGGGCCGGGGGCAGGACUGCUGAGCUCCACGGUCCUGUGCUGCCUGGGGCUGGGCGGCAGGAGCCCACCCUGAGCCCUCAAACCAGUGAUGUUGGUGGCAUUUUGCUACUGGGAGGUCCAGGUUCUGCCCCACGAGAUCCUGAGCUGCUGGGGCAGGUGCACGAUUUCCCUCUGGAUGCGCAGGGCGAUGGGUGCCACCUUGGGCACGUGGAUGCUGGGCACCAAUCCCGCCUCUGCCUACAGCAGGAAUCCCCUGGGCUGCCAGCACCUGGCACUGUGCUCUCCACGUGGAUGUGCUUGCUUCACUUCAGGUGCUGUGGAGCAGAGGCAUCUGCAUCCCUGCAUCCCUGCAUCCCUG